CCCUUAGCGUCGGGCAACUCCAGCGGAGCACCAAGCAGGGCUGUGGCCGGGCGGAAGUGACGGUCGUUUCACCUGCUGGGCUGCGAGGGGACAGAGGAGGGCGGCGCGAGCCGGCGACUGUCCGUUGGGAAUUCGCUCGAGAGUCGCUCCUUUUCCUCUGGCCGCCGGCGACUGUUCUCUCUCGCUCUCUCUCUCGCUCUCCCCGCCAUGGCAUCGCUGCUGCCGCUCUUCUGGGCUAUAACGUUUCUUUGCGCAGAUCUAAUUGAAGGUGUAACAAUAACAUCGACAGAACAGACUAUGGUUACAAAAGCUCAAGGAGAUAAAGUUACACUGUUGUGCACAUUUACUCUCACUACAGCAGAUGAAACCCCAGUUGAAAUUGAAUGGAGCAUUUUUCCACCAAAAGGGGAAGAACCAGUUAUCAUAUAUAAUGAAGGCAAAAUUUAUGAUCAAUAUCUUUUGAUGGGACGAGUACAAUUUGCUAAACAAAAUCCAGCAUCUGGAAAUGCAAGCAUUGAUAUCUUAAAUUUAAAAACAGAAGAUACUGGUAUAUACCAAUGUAAAGUGAAGAAGCUUCCUAGUAUUGAAACUCAUAGAGUCCAUUUGAUAGUACUUGAAAAACCCAUAAAGACUAAAUGCCACAUUGAGGGAUCACAGGAGAUUGGAAGUGAUCUUACUCUGAAAUGUAAAUCCCAACAAGGCUCUCCCAUCAUAGUGUACUCCUGGACAAAAACUACUGGUUCACAAGAACUUCCAGCAACAGCGUUACCAAAUGAAAAUACAGGUGACUUAUUUGUGAAAAAUGCCUCUCAGACCUAUUCUGGUACUUACACAUGUUUGGCUUACAAUAAGGUCGGCAGAGAUGAAUGUUCUGUCAUACUGACUAUUACACCCCCUAUAGAUAGAGCUGGUACUAUUGCUGGAGCAGUUAUAGGAACUCUUCUGGCACUCAGCUUAAUAGCUUUCAUCAUUUUCUGUUGCUAUAAGAAACGAAGAGACACAAAAUAUGAAAAAGAAGUACAUCAUGAUAUCAGAGAGGAUGUCCCUCCUCCAAAGAGUCGUGCCUCAACAGCCCGCAGCUACAUAGGGAGUAAUCGAUCAUCUUUGGGCUCAAUGUCUCCAUCUAAUAUGGAUGGUUUUACCAAAACUCAAUACAAUAAAGUGCCGAGUGAAGACUUUGAACGUGCUCCCUCUCAGAACCAGUACUUUGAUCCACCAAAGGUAGCUGCACCUAAUCUAAGUAGAAUGGGAGCUAUUCCUGUGAUGAUACCAGCACAAAGCAAAGAUGGUUCCAUAGUAUAACAUGACAUUAAUUUGAAGUUUCACCAGUUCAUUACCACAUUGAUGUUCGAAAAUGCAUGCGGGAUGCGUGACAUAACAGUGGUAUAAAGUUGAAGAAACAUCAUAUAUCAUGAAUUUACAUUAUGAAGGAAAUGAAGUACUCUGUUUUAUCAUUCUGCUUUAAUGUCUGCAGACAAUGGUAGAGUAAAUCUACUAUAGGUAAUAUUUGCUUCUCAAAUAUUUAAAAGUAUACUGCUUGAAAAUUUUA